ACUCAUACCUAGGGGAAAUUUAGACUCUCCUAUUAACCUAACCUGCAUGUCAUUAGACUGUGGGAGGAAACUGGAGUACAGAGAGGACAACCCUGUGAGCUAACAGUGCUACCAGCUGCACCACUGUGCCCCCCGAUCUGCAGAAUGAGAAGGCUGUAUAGGUAGAUAACACUAAUGUCAGUGUCAUGCUCUUCAAACCACACAUCUCUGCAUCAAAUAAAUUAUUUCGCUUGCGGUGAAGAUGAUCACUCAGUAUAAUUAAGCAACAAUUCACAUCAACCUUGUCCCAGACAAUGCAAAGAAAACGCACCCCAAACUAUUACAAAACCACCAGAACCCUUCACUUUUGGAACACAGUUGUUUACACUUUUUUGUUUACUACCAGUACUGUCUAGGUUAAUCUUGCAAUCUGUUCAGAUUAAUUUGUUUGGUUUCAGCUAACUAGAGUAUUUGAAAUACAUGCCAUUGUUAGCUGAUACCCAUAUCCUCGAGGUAACCACAUCACAAUUACUCCUAAAUGUAAACAGUGUCUUCAUUGCAAGACUCUUCCCCCUCAAAGCCACAAUGUCUGCAUGCAAACAGGCUGGCACUGCCCUGGAACAGGGGCACCAUUAUUUAAAAAGCUGUCCUGUACCAGACUCGGGGAACAAAGCUCUUUCUACAGACUCUCUGCCUGCCUGUGAUCCCCGCAGGUACAAUAUCCCAUUCUCCCUCGCUCCCUCUCUCCACUCUUUCUCUCCCUCUAUCAUCUAUUUCAUUGUCUGUCCUCUACCCCUCUCUCUUUUGCUCUCUCCCUUCUUUUCUCUCUUGCUUCUCGCUAAGGUGGAAAGAACCCUUGUUAGACAGCCCAACAGUCUGUUAAUUCAUAGGGAUAUUGAUUGUUUUGCAGUCCCUGAACAUGCAUAACUGGUAAUCCUGAAACAUACUGGGAUCCUUUGUAUGAGACUUAACGUGUCUAACUGAUUCAAAGCUCAAGAUCAAGCUCCUCACAUCAACUGCUGAUGCUGAAACCUGGCAUGAAUAUGUUGAUUCUUCCUCUGGUGAAUCCCAUACAUGGAAAUGGGCUUUAAUACCUGCUCAGUGUGAAACUGACAAAAUCACUAUUUUGGCCCAGAUAAGACUGGUGUUCCAAGAUGGCAUGAGUGCAGCCUUCUUGACCGUAGCAAAUGUACAGCACAGCUAUGUCUGUGCUGCACUUUAUAAAAGGUUGAGGCAAAAGCAACCGUGAAGACUAAUGGGGAUUGUACUUCUAUGCCUUAUUCUCCUGUACAAGGCCAGCAAUGUGGAAGGGGCAUGUUCCGCUGGUAGCGCGAUGACCUGCGACGAGUGCCUACGUCUCGGUCCACUCUGCUCGUGGUGUACACAAGAGAACUUCACAGACUUCUUUUCUGUCAGUCAAAGAUGCAAUACACCACAAUCAUUGAUGCAUAUGGGGUGUGCAGAGGAACUUGUGGAGUUCCCUGUCACCAGCACACUUAUCCAUGAAGAUGUGCUUGUUGGGCAAAGGGAUGAUAGUGACAACUUUACCCAAAUGUCACCACAGAGAAUCUCACUUAAACUACGACCAGGCAGCAAGGUCACAUUCAAAAUCAAUGUUCAGCAAACAAAGGACUAUCCAGUGGACAUUUACUACCUGAUGGACCUAUCUGCAUCUAUGAUUGAUGACCUUGAGAAGAUCAAGGACUUGGGGUCCACUCUGUCCAAGGAGAUGGCCAAGCUGACCAGUAAAUUCCAGCUGGGCUUUGGGUCGUUUGUUGAGAAACCAGUCCUCCCUUUUAUUAAAAUCACACCUGCACAGCUGGCGAACCCUUGCAGGAGUGUUGAUUCCUACUGUUUGCCCACAUUUGGAUACAAGCACGUGCUGCCACUGACCAGCAGCGCAGAGAAAUUCAACGAAAUAAUCAGAAAGCAGCGCGUGUCCGCCAAUGAGGACCUGCUGGAGUGUGGUUUCGAUGCGAUUAUGCAGGCCGCGGUCUGUGGGGAUAAAAUCGGCUGGAGAAAUGACUCCAUGCACCUGCUGGUCUUUGUCAGUGACGCAGACUCACACUUUGGGAUGGACAGCAAAAUGGCUGGCAUUGUUGUCCCCAAUGAUGGGGAAUGCCACCUGGACAACAACAAUGAAUACUCCAAGGCCACAGUCUUGGAGUACCCAACUCUUGGCCAGCUCAUAGAAAAGCUGGUGGAAAAUAACAUACUUCUGAUAUUCGCUGUGACUAAAGACAAGAAGACCAUCUAUGAGAAUUAUGCCAAUCUCAUCCCUGGAGCCACAGUUGGAGUUCUUGAAUCUGACUCACAGAACAUUCUGGAACUGAUCAUGACUGCUUAUAAAGAGCUGCGGUCAGAAAUUGACAUGGAGGUCUUGGGGGACACGGAGGACCUUCAGAUUGGCUUCACGGCCAUCUGUAAUGACGGGACCGCCCAGCCUGGACAGAAACGCUGCUCCAAUGUGAAAGUGGGGGACACGGUGUCCUUCAACGUGACAGUGGAGCUCUUGGAGUGCUUCGGGAGCCCCCGGCACUUCUCCAUCAAGCCCGUGGGUUUCCACGACGCCCUGGAGGUAGAGCUGGAGGCCCUGUGCCGCUGCGACUGUCACCGGCGGCGGGCGGCCAACAGCAGCCACUGCGGCGAGGGCCGGGGGGCGCUGGAGUGCGGGACGUGCGUGUGCCAUGCCGGGUACAUGGGCCCGCGCUGCGAGUGCACCGAGGAGAGCCUGCAGGCCAGCGACUGCAGGGCCCGCCCGGGGGCCGAGAUCUGCAGCGGGCAGGGGGAGUGCUACUGCGGCCAGUGCGUCUGCCACACCUCCAGCUUCGGACGCAUCUACGGGACCUACUGCCAGUGCAACGACUUCUCCUGCCCCAGGUUCCACGGGAAACUCUGCGGAGGCCACGGGCACUGCAUGUGCGGGGAGUGCUCGUGCCACAGCGGCUGGACGGGGGAGUACUGCAACUGCAGCAGCAGCGCGGACGCCUGCGUCGCCGAGGACGGCGAGCUGUGCAGCGGCAGGGGGAAGUGCGUCUGCGGGAGAUGCGUGUGCUCGGUCCCGGGGGCCUCCGGGGACACCUGCGAAAGGUGCCCCACCUGCGGGGAUUCCUGCAGCACCUCCAGGGGCUGUGUCGAGUGUCACCUCCAAGCAAAGGACUCUCCCGAGGAGUGUCACCACAAGUGCGGCGUCAUUCACACCUACGUCAACUGGACCACAGAAUACGAUGAGAGCCAGUCGAUCCUCUGUACAUUGAACGGCGAGAACGACUGCCUCAUCUCUUUUAUCAUCACUCCUGGGCCACAUGGAAACACCGUCUAUGACCUCAAGCUAUCCGACUGUCCGGAGCCGCCAAACAUACCGAUGAUAGUGCUGGGAGUGUGCCUCUCCAUCCUCACCAUUGGAAUCAUUCUGCUGGGAAUAUGGAAGCUGCUGGUGUCCUUUCACGACCGGAAAGAAGUCGCUAAAUUUGAGGCGGAGAGGGCCAAGGUGAAGUGGCAAUCGGGCACGAAUCCACUUUUUAGAAGCUCAACAUCAACAUUUAAAAAUGUAACGUAUAAAAGCACAGGGAAACAAAAAGUUGACAUUUCAGUGGACAAAUACUGAACUUCCACACUGUAUUUGGUGAAUGUGUAUUCUGGAUUAAGAAGCUGAGUGCACUAGUUGGGCGUAUUUUCCCAACCUGUGCAGACUUGUGUACUGUAUGGUUGCACUGUGUGUUUUUGUGAAUAUCCUCAAUGCAUUACUUUACAACAGGAAAACAUUUUCAUUUCAGACUUACUGUGUUUUCAGGGAAAAUUCAGUUCAAAAGCAAUGAGAUAAUAUGUAUGCUUUUAUUCAAUGUGGAUUGUUCUAGAUUUUGCUGCUUGAAAAUGUUAAAAAAAUACUACUGAUCAUAAUAUUUAACUGAACACUGGACUACUCUUAUUCUGUUGUUUUUGUACGUUUACAGUUUUACUUGGACACAGUUACAGUACACUGAAGAUGUGUAAUUUUGGUUUGUUUUUAAGGAUUGUGAAAGUGAAAAUAUUUAGAAAUAUAAUUUGUUUUUAUGAGGCUGAGCCUUGAACUGUUUUACACUGUAAUUUUUUAUUUGUGCU